AUGAUUACUCUCUUUUUCCUCACUGGUACUGUCGCAGCGUAUACGAUACCGAGCUACACCGACGACUUCGCUCGAAACUUUAUGUUCCCUCUGAGUGCUGCAGCGUACUCAGAUGAACCCCAACUUUGUGUUGAAAACCUAUUCUUAAAUGCUUCGGUCACGGGGCAUUCGCUUGGUGGUUCAUUGGCGUCCCUAGCAGCUUCCUACAUUGUUGCAUCUGGUAUGGUAAAGUGGACUAAGAUGAAAGUGGUGACAUUUGGUCAGCCAAGGACUGGCGAUUAUUCAUACGCAAUUAGCCACAAUGCACAGCUAGGGUACUCUUACCGAGUUGUUCACUGGCGCGACAUCGUCCCACAUCUUCCCAAUGUUGGGUACAACCAUCAUAGGCGAGAGGUCCACUACACAAGCGAGAUGUUGCCUGAUCACUUUACCAUUUGUGAAGGUUACAACUGUUUUGAUCAGCGCAUUCCCAGUUUUUGUGCAAAUAACAUUAUUUCAGGUAACGAGGAAAAGAAAUGUAGCAAUGGGCUUCUAUUUCCAACAAGUUACGACGACCACACGCAUUACUUCGGGAAAUAUGUUAGCAAAUUUGGACAGUCCGGUUGUGUGUAG